UUUUUAAGAAGAAUGGCGGCUGUUACGAACGUCGAUCGUGGCACUGGCAAACGAGAUGACAUGUAAAAUGAUACUGUGGAUUCCACGGAUAGUUGUGUUUUGAACAGCAAGGUAUCACUAAAUGAGGAACAGAGAGUGAUCCUUUAGCCCCCUGCAAGAUUUUAGACAAAAUGAUGGUGUUGGACUGGUGAUCUGGGGGAUUUGUGCUGUUGCACAACUACUGUAGCUGUAAACAGUGUUUUGUUUUCAGAAUUGUGUAAUAUGUCACAGACUGAGAGUCAGAGUUCCUUCUUGGAGGACAUCAAGACUUGGAGUCCCGACACCUGCAGAGCACAGCUGGCUGACACUCUCCCAAAGCUCAUUAUUCAGUACAGUAAUGGAGGGCAUACAGUCACCAAGAUGGCCACCCUGAAGGUCAUGGUGGGAUCGUUCCUUCCCUGGUUGGAGCUUGGAAAUCUUGAAGAACAGUUCUUAACAAAUGUUCUCCCAAAGACUUGUCAACUGUUUGAUGACACUUUGAAAAAGGUGUCUCCAACCAUCGACAGUGUGUCAAUCCAGGAAGAUGGUUGCCUCCUCAAGGAGAAACUGCAGACGUUAUUGCAGAUCAUCUUGGAUACGCUGGAGUGCCUUUGCUCCUGCGUGUCACACAUCAUGAACACUUUGUCAGGGGGCGCCCUCUCCAUAGGCAAGGUGAAAUCGCUGCCCUCUUCCAUGUUACAUAUCAUCCACGCGUCUUUCCAUCACUGCAAAGAUAGUACCACCAUAUACGGCGAUCAUUUUUCCCUGGUGUCUGAGAUCCUGUCUUCCCUCUUCAAGAAGGCGUACAGUCUGCAGAAGUCCCUGACCGUUCUCCUGGAGGCGGUUCAUCUGACGUCAGAGGAUGGGGACGAAUGCAUUGAGGUCAUGGCCCAGGUGUGUACGGGAUUCCACGAUUUGUGUGUCGUCAUUGGUGACAUGGACAGCACGUUGUUGGUCAGCACCUGGAGGUUUCUGGUCAAGUUAGUCUGCAAGCACAAGGAACUGUUGAAAAAUGUCCUGCCGAUCCAUCCAAUCGUAGCGACCUUGUGCUCGGACAUCAAGGCCAACUACGACCAGUGUCUCCGCCUCGCCCCUCACCCGCCCUCCACUCAGUCCUCCCAGGGUGGCGACGAGAAGGCCUUCGCCAAGACUCUGAAGAUCUGCAGCCUCUGCGUCAAGAUGCUGAUGCACCUCCUCAAGGAGCUGGAUGGCUACCUGGGGCCAUGCGUGAAGGAGAUAUACGAGCUCAUCUUGUCCUUCUUGAGUCUGGCCCCGCCCAGCAUCCAUGCCCCCAACGUCUUCAGCAGUGCCAGGAGUGAGAUAGACAGAGCCCUACUGGUGUGUGUCGAACCGCUACUCCAGCAACUGGUGGACAAUACCUUGUUCCGUGAAGCCGUCACUGCUGUGAAGCAAGACAUCCAUGGAAAUUGUUGGUUGGGAAGACUUCUGACCUUGGUAAAGAUCUUGCAAAUUCUGCCAUCCUGCCAAGAGCAAACUCGUGCUGCUUGGAUGGAAUCCACAACUCCAACAUGGGAGGAGCCUAGAGUAUCUGUUUUGGGGGCAGUCUUCAGAAGUUAUUCCAACUGUUAUGUUGAACUAGCCUUACCAAUCAAGUUGCCAAUCGUUGUCCGCCAAGGUCAACCCGAGCAAGAUGUUAGUUUGAGGGAAUAUGUCGUUACCCAAGUGUGCGGCUUUGUUGCAGCAGUAAGUGCUUCACAAUUUGGCGUCGUGGAGAGGUGUUUGUUGGAAAAUGUUGUCUCCAGUCAGCUCAACUGUGCCUUGUUGGCAAUGGAUGUCUGGUGUUUUCUCGCAAGAUAUGGCACUGCUGACCUGUGUGCAAGUCAUGUUUAUUUAGUGGCGGACCUUUUGACCUCUACACCGGCCAAUCACAGCCCAGGUUACACGCACCUGGGCAUGUUGCUGUGGCGACUGGUUCCUCUAAUGGCACAAGAGCACCAGGAGGAAUUACCAAGAAUGUUUCCACCUAAGCAACAUGUUGCGUUGUGGCGACACAUAGCUCUACCUGCCUUUCAAGAAGCGACAAGGAAAGCGAUUGCAGAGGAUUUGGUUGGGCACGGCUUGGCACAAUGCAAGGCCUGGCUUAAUGCAGAAGAUCACACCUACGGCUCACUUGAAGAGUUGAAAACUGGGUUAUCUUGCAUAUCCAACGUGUACAGACAAUUUGAGAAUUUAAGCCUGCCAGUCAGAAUGCAGCUAACACAAAGUGUCAUGGAGACAGUGACUGGACUGUGGGAAGUGCUCCCAUUGGACAGAAUCAAGUCACAUGAUAUUACCAACGCUUUGAUUGACUUGACUGGUUUGAUAGCAUCUGGAUUACAGCCCUCGGAUUUAGCCAAGGUAACGAAAGAUUUAUGCAGUUUUCUACCAAGCACAUCUUUGAAACUGAGGCUGGAGAUUAUCAACCUCCUACAUAGGUGCAGAAAGGUUAAAGUUCACGGCAGUCCCAAGCUGACAGACAUUUUAGCUGGCUUCGCAGAGUUGUUCUCCGGUGUACUUGCCGACAAGAAUGCCGUCUUACAUCAACUUGCUUUGCAAGCUUUCAGUGCAUUCGCAGAGGAGACGGCUCACGAGUCAGUUGUACCAGAGUGUCUUCAGGCAGAGUCUACUCACAGCGCUGUGGUGGAUUUCUUGAAUCAGAUUCCAAAGGAGUGUACGUCCCCAGCCAAGACUGAAGUGGAGUGGUUGCAGGAGCAGGCAGAAAUCCUCCUCAAGGCUCUCGCCAAAGACGAGGCAGUGAAAGAGCCGAGGCCAGAUUCAGCUGAUGAGGAACAGGAGACGUGUCUCCCACGGCAACAGAGGACUGGCCAGGACAUCGCAGCUAAUCACACAGCUCAUGACGAAUGCAGUGAUGAUCAGCCUGCUGCCAAGCGUCCCAAGAGGGAAGCCACUGAGGGAGAAUAUCGCCAGGCUAUCAGCGAGAUCCAGGCCAGCCUGCAGGCCAUUCAGGAACUAAAAGACAGAGAUCAGGAGUCACCUCCACCCUGGCUCCGGACAGAGCUGCUGACCCUUCAAGAACACAUUUUAGGACUGAUAUCAGACUCAUGAUUUUGAAAUGACUGGAACUACUUUUCACUGCAUUAGUCCAAAAAGGCUGUGCAGCUGCGUCUACUACUCAACUUUCCUGCUGAUAAUAAUAUGUUCACCUGUGGAGGUCACCAGGUUGUGACUGCAUCCGUUUUCCUUAGAAGCAUGUGUGUGUCAGCCGCAGUCCGACUAGAUUCUGAGAUGAAUUUGUAACAAACCCACUAGCACCAUGUGGUUUGGGCUAAACUGUUCUGUAUUCACCUUUGAACGUCCAUGCGCAAGUUUGACCAAGUGCUAUGGGUGAGUCAUAGUUCAAUUAAAUCUGACCAAAUUGCCCUCUAGACAAGAGUCCAGUUGACUGUUUUGGUCCAGCAAAGCAAGGUUGGUCACUUUGUCGGUAAGG